AUGUCAACUCCAUUGAUACACCCACCACGACUCUACGACACUCACGACAAUCGCAUCGCUGCACUUCAGUUUAUUAAUACAACAUGUGGACUCCAACUGGAAUCAGACAAUCUCUUUAGUCAACUCCAAGACGGCAUCGUGCUUUGCAACCUGAUCAAUGCCCUGAAACCUGGGGCCAUACCCAGCAUUGGUACUCACCAUAGUGCAUUCGUCAAGAUGGCCAAUAUCAGUUUGUUUCUUAAAGGGGCACGCGAGCUUGGUGUACCAUCAUCCGAUCUCUUUCAACCUAUUGAUCUAUACGAGGCCAGAAACAUGGGAGCUGUUGUCAAUACCAUUCUUACACUUGCUCGUAUCAGCUCGCGAAAGAAACGCCAAUACAACAGCACACGAAAGCACCAUACAGAACGUGAUCGACCCUCUGCACGCCGUACAUCGAUUUCUCGUCUAUUCAAAAACGCUGAACGUGGAGGAACAGCACCUAUCAGAAAGCAAUUUGAUUCCCUUCCCAACAACAAAUAUCGUGAUGAAUCUUCUCGGCAUCGUCAUGUCAAAGCUAUCUUUGGUCAAGCAUCCCAAGUGACAGAUGAUACACCGCCUGCUACUACAUUAUCGGUGGUGGAUACCAAUCGCAUUACCGAAAAGGCCGAGGCAUUACGAAGAACGUAUCGAUCCAAUUUACGCCCCACAUUGGAUAGUGGCUACAGUACAAUGGCCACUCGCAGUGGUGAUGUGCAAGGAGUCACUCGAAGACGACGACGCCGCCGACGUAGCAGUGACAGCUGCAGCAGCAGCAUGGAUUACAAUAGCAGCACGAGUAGUAUCGAGGAUGGUGAAGGGGCUAUCUCCACUACGGACACAGACACGGACACAGCAGGCGAGGAGGAGGAUAAGGAGGGGGUGAUCUUUACACAAAAGGAGCAACAACGAGCAUCAUCAACCUCUACAGCAAGUAGCAGUACUCGACCCGAAUCGCUUGGUGGUAGUGGUUGUCAACAACAUGACAUGAUGGGGGAUGAUCAUUUGUUUCUAUGCGUAUCAUCAUCAGAUCAUGAGCCUUAUCCUCGAUCAUCACUCUCAACACCUUGCUAUGCAGAAAGCCGUCGUCCUCUUCAUACACCAUCUCCAACUCCUGAUCACCAUCAGCAACAUCAUCUUGAAUCCAAAAGCAGUGAUGACCUCAAAGAGGAGAAUAAUCGAUCAGCUUGCUCAAAGGAGUCUUCCAUGAUUGCCAUGAAACAAGAUAAACACAACACAACCACAUAUUUUCAACUUGGCAAUUGCAUUGGCAAAGGACAAUUUGGUGCUGUCUAUCGAGCAUUGAAUGUUCAAACCGGUGAGAUCGUAGCCAUCAAACGGAUUUGUAUUGAAGACAUUCAAGUGGAUAGUGAGAUCAUGCAAGAGGUCGAGCUUCUCAAGGAUAUGGAUAACGCCAAUAUUGUUCGCUAUCUUGGUUCUGUUCGGGAUGAUACAUAUCUUAACAUUGUCCUCGAAUAUGUGGAGAAUGGCUCCCUCCUUUCAACGCUCAAGGCAUUUGGUAAAUUUCCUGAAGCACUUGUCGCAUCGUAUACCCAAAAAAUCCUUUCCGGUCUUGCUUAUUUACACGAGCACGAGGUGGUUCAUUGUGACCUUAAGGCUGCCAACAUUCUUUCUACAAAGACCGGCGAUGUCAAGUUGACGGAUUUUGGUGUUUCAUUGAAUCUACGCAUGAUGCAAGAUGAAUUAGGCGCACCUGCUGGAACUCCCAAUUGGAUGGCACCUGAAGUAAUCGAGCUUAAGGGUGCUUCUACAAAGUCAGACAUUUGGUCGCUUGGUUGCACCAUCAUUGAACUCCUUACGGGCCGACCACCUUACGCGGGAAUGAUUGCCAUGUCAGCUUUAUAUCACAUUGUCGAAGAUGAUCAUCCACCCAUUCCAGAAAAUGCAUCAAAGACUCUUCAAGAUUUGUUGUAUGCUUGUUUCCAAAAAGAUCCAACGCAACGACCCACAGCAAAGGAUUUAAUGCAGCAUCCAUGGAUAUCAUCAGCACUCGCUACUACUCCCGAUCAACAACAACAACAACAACCCAACCAAGUCCUGGAAGAAGAUGAUGAUUACAAUGUCGAGGAGAAUACUCUCGAAAGACCUCAAGUAGAUCAACACCUUGAAGACGACGACGAUGAUUUGGCAAUGAUCUAUCAAUACAUGCGAACUAAUCCCACCAUGGAUUCUCAACGUGUGGCAGCGAGCAAUAUCCGCAAAAAGCAAUUCAUUGAGCAUCAAUUUGUCAAGACCAUGUUUGGUAAAGCUGUUACUUGUAAGGUGUGCAUGGUUACGGUCAAACGACAUGCUUACUUUUGUGAAGCUUGUGCAUUGAUUUGUCAUGACAAAUGUCGCCAUAAAGCAGCCUCUUGCCGACCGAUAUAUCCCACCAUUAUAGCCAAGAACACCUCUCAACACCGUGAUUCAUAUCCACCUCGUACGCACAACAAGCUGCAAAAGAUGUUGGCUUCCUUGUAUCUGUGA